UGAUGUACAGUGCUGCCUGCAUGGACGGGGUUUAGUCUACAUAAAUAUCACAGCACAGCAAAACAUGCCCCUGUGUUGUUGUUGUUGUCCGUCCUUGAAAGGAGGACACUGAACCUUUGUACAGCUGCAUUAUCGCUGUCUGACGUGCAGGAACCCCACACAGCCUACCAAGCCUCUCUGGAAACCACACCUCUACCAGGCUGACCCACAGUUCAACAACUUUUCACCAGCAUCUGUUGCUCCACUAACCCAGUAUCCCAACAGCUGCCAGUAUAAGAGCACCCCUUCAUGCGACCGCUGUCAGUUCUAGUCGGGGUAUCACGCUGGUUUACUUCGAAAGGAAGAUUUGUCAUCCUCUGUACCCAAGGGAUUAAGCCUGAGACCUGACUGCCCUGCUGCCGCCUGAUCUGGGUCUGAACCGGACGAGGGGGCGGUGGGACGGCGCCACGUCAUGUCAUCCGCCGCCUUCUGAUUGGCUGCCGCCUCUCACCCGACACAGCUGUGAUUGUUUUCUGCAGAGGAAGCUCUUGUUCGCGCUCAGGAAAACAAGGAGGGGAUCCCGGGAUAAGCACCGCCCGAGGCGAGAGGAGCGAGAGGUUCCCCCGUUUGAAACGCUGAAGACGACUGGAGAUCAAGCCCCGAAGUGCCAAAUGUCCAGACUAGAGAACCACUGCUGGAGCUGCUCUUGUUCACCGAAAGCCGAAAUCAAGCAUUCGUCUGGCGCCAAGUGGUUCGCGUCCCGAGCUGAAGAAAUGAUGUCCAUCAUCACCACGGUGCUGAGCAGCGCCUACGGCUCCCUGCACGACGUCCGGACCGCCAACCUCAUCCGCCGGGGGCUGGUCCUCUUCACGGUCGGCGUGUUCCUCGCCCUGGUCCUCAACCUGCUGCAGAUCCAGAGAAAUGUCACCCUGUUCCCCGAGGAGGUGAUGGCAACCCUGUUCUCGUCCGCCUGGUGGAUCCCGCCUUGCUGCGGAACCGGAGCAGCUGUUAUCGGCCUGCUGUAUCCUUGCCUCGACAGCCAUUUGGGGGAGCCGCACAAGUUCAAGAGGGAGUGGGCCAGCGUUAUGAGAUGCAUUGCAGUGUUUGUGGGAAUCAACCAUGCCAGUGUUAAACUAGACUUUGACAACAACGUGCAGCUCUCCCUGACGCUGGCAGCCCUGUCCUUGGGCCUGUGGUGGACAUUCGAUCGCUCCAGGAGUGGCUUUGGCCUGGGCAUUACCACCGCCUUCCUAGCCACCGUUAUCACGCAGCUGCUGGUCUACAAUGGCGUUUACCAGUACACCUCUCCAGACUUCUUGUAUGUGCGCUCCUGGCUCCCGUGCAUAUUCUUUUCAGGCGGGGUUACUGUGGGUAACAUCGGACGCCAGCUUGCCAUGGGUGGCAUCGAGAAACCCCACAUGGACUGAACAGUGAACUGCACGGUGGCAGAAAAAUGGACAGCAAGGCGAUGGGCAGCCAAACUUCAAGUGGAUUAAUUAUGUGAGGAGCGGGAAAAAUGACUGGUGAAAGAAAAAGACUCUUUGUUUUUUCGUCUCUAGCCUUUGUUCUCAGUUGUCACGAGAACAGAGUGCAGGUACAAAAAGAAAAAAAAGCCCCUCCUCCGACGUGCCAUGUCCUCUGCACUUCCAUGCGGCCAAACAACCACUGGCUCCCGUCCGUGCCCUUCUCAGCAUUAAGGCUUCCUUCACACGAGACGGGAGGACAGCGUUUGCCUUUUUUCUGUUUCCUUAUUUGAAGUGAACAGUGAACUGCUUUCAUUUUGUGUCCUGGUCUUAGCAGGAAAGACUUGUUUGAGUGUUUCUUCAUUAGCCUGAGUUGAAUAUUAUCAUAAAAGGGAAAUGUUGUUUAAGCGAGCACAAAUAUGUCUUGGUUCCCACACAGAAAAGUUUCUGUGACACAGGGGAGAUGUAUGUUCCCAAUCAAACCAAAUUGAGUAUUUAUUUUAUGAGUUCUCUCUGACCCCAGACCAAAUGUAUCCGCGAUAAUGAAUGAUGCUGCUCGUGGUUCAGGAGUAGUUUUGGGAGAUGUUGUUCUUUCUUUCUGCGAAUUGCUGUGUGCCCACAGAAAGUGGGAGUAAGAGGAACCUUUUCUGGGGAGUUUUAAAGAUUCCUUCAGAUUAUAGACUCGUGAGAAAGAGAAAAGUUAGUUCUCUGACGUGUGGCAAAAGCAACGAAAACGCACAACUGGCCUCAAGCUGCUUGCUGAUACUCCAGAAAAACUGUACGAGAACGAGGCUUCACAAGCAAGGUACAGAUGGCACAGAGCAUGAAACAUAGACGAGUCGGUCUUAAUUCGCUGCUUGCUUGGGUUUUGGUUUUGACGCUGGAAACGAGACGAGCUGUAGCAGCAGAUCAGACUCAAGGUUCCCACAGCCCUGUGGGAGACCGACCAUCUGAACUUGUAACAAAACUGAGUGUGGUAGGACUGAAACGGACUGAAAUAAAAUUCAAGCGAACAGAACGUACAGAGGAUAUUUAUCCCCUGAAACAGGCUGUGCUCAGACUUAAACCCUGCAGCUUUACAGGUAGUCGUCUGAGCACAGGGGUCCGCAGUCUGGCCCUAACUGAAGUUCUUGUUGUAGAAAUGUUGCUUAAGAAGGGAACAGAGGAGAAACUGCCGGCUUUUGGUUUUCUACUGACGCAAGAAAACAGCCCUGUGGCUAGUUCGACUAUACUCCAAAGAAGCCAAGGUAAUUGAGCUACAGCUAGCUCCCAGAUUUUAUUUCAACAUUGACUUUGACAUCAAAAAACUUUUUCCAGAGUGUUUCCUUUUUAUGGAUUUGAUGCAAUAAUGAGAGACAGGGAAUAUGUGCUAGUGGGCUUACUAUCCGUCUUCUUCAUGGAUAUGAGCAUUUUCAGUUGUGUGUACGAGGUUUUCUGCGACAGAUGUAAAAGCUAGCGCACUGGAUUAUUCUGUGGAACUAAAUUGCAUUUUCUGGUGAACAAGUAUUCACUUUUUCAGCCGUCUGUCAGUACAAGAUCACUUUAUGUUUUAUGACUAGUCCGUGAUCUCUUUGAGUAAUCUUUGAGAGGAGAGAGUUUGUAUACAGGAUGACGGCUUAGAUGAGUAAUAACACAUGGACACUAUUCUGGACUGAAAUUAUGUCAGUAAUAUGCAGAGGCCACCAAAGUGGACCGUGUUUCUGGGGGAAUUUACCAGACAUAUAUCCCGUGCUUUUCGUGAAAUGGCACAUUGAUUCCCGCGUUAACUUUUUACAUGCGUGUUAUCACACACACAUUUCCCACUUGCAUCUUAGUUUUGGGAACUACAGAUUGAAGGGGAGGGCACAACUUCUUAAAAUUUGCAAUCUGUGAUUGCCUGUGUAUUAUAGAAUGUAGUGCUUCUGUCACUAUAACAGUUUAGGUUUAUCAUUUGUAUGAAAAAAAAAAGACAUUACUGCUUGUAUAUAUAAUGGCUUGCCAAUAUAAUCAGACAGGUAUUACCAUAAUAGGCCAACAGUAUGUUAGUGUGUUGGGCUCUAGAGGAUUAAGUGCAAUCACACAGUACACGAGCCGAUUAUUCUUUAUUUAUUAUUUCUGACAAAGGCUUAAAAAAAAGAAACUUUUUUGUAUGUAAUGCAGUGUGGAUCAUUCAGAAAAAGCAAUAACAUCUUUGUUUUUGUGAAUGAGUUUUUGUCAGAGAUCACAUGCCUUUUGGGUUUAUACCAAUGACUCUCACCAGAGAGACGACAUGAAAAAUUGUGUUGUCAAACUGUUAUUUAGAUCUCAUUUAUAGCAUUAUGUGUGGACACCCCGUAUAAUUUUUUUUUUUAAAUAAUCUUUGUAGCAGACCACUUCAGGUUGAAUCUGCUUUCAUUCAGGUGUGCUAAACAGAAGAGGAAGCUUUAUUUUUUUGAGGUGGUGAAGCACCUUUUGUUGUGAUGUGUUAGAGUAUCUUUGUGUCUGAUAUUUCAGUUGUGUGUUGUUUUUGCUACCUUGGAUUUAAGUGAAAAAAUAAAGAAAAAAAGAACAUUCACAUGAA